AUGUUAAGGAGAGGAAUAUACAUUUCGUUUAUUUUGCACACCUCUGGAAACCCCUGGACGUGCUUUACCGUUGCCGCUUUGGAGGCAGGUCGCGCGGCUACGCUCCGCGUGAGGCGGAAGCUCAGCGAGGAUCCUGCCGAGGCCCAGGUCCUCGCCUGUAAACGCCUCCGGGGAGGUGCGGGGGAGUCGGCGGUCCAAGAGACACCCCCCGAGGGUCUGGAGAAAGCAGCAGAGAAAAGUGUCUCCCAGUUGGUGGCCACCACAUGCUCCCAGGAGGACCUGGUCCAGCCGCUCCUGCGCGCUCUGCCCCGACCCCUGGCCACCCCUCAGUGUAUCCGCCACGAGCUACGCGCUUCGAUUCAGAAGAUCCAGCAGGAGGGCCGACCCUCGGGCCUUCUCUCGGAUGACCUGGAGUCCGAGGACGCGCGGGAAAACCCAGAAGCCGACAGUGACGCAGGCUUCCAGCUGCUGGAUCUGGUCCACGAAGGAGACCCAGAGGCCGCUGCCGCCGCCGCCUCCAGCAAAGUAUCUGAUCCAGAUGUGACCCUUUGCAAUUCUGUAGAGUUGCUCCCCGAGUGGUUGACUAUAUCUGAGGAUGGACCAAGUGUCUGGCACUGGGAGGAACAGAAGGAUGACUAUGCGUAUGACAUUUACUCCUUGGAGGCGGCCACUCCAAGAUGGAUUCAGAAGGUCCUCUCUGUGCAGCCCGUAAGCCAGGAGCCGGAGCUGGUGGAUGAAGGCAAACCACUAGGGAGCGUUGAUGAAGAGGAAGAUAAGAAUAGUGAGAAUAAUUGGCGCAAUGAGUACCCAGAGGAGAGGAGCAGUGAUGGAGACGCAGAUUCCAGAGGCUCUGAUGAAUGCCACAGCCUCAGUGAAGAGGAAAGAGGCAAUAGCAGACCACACAUGUGGAGCAAAUACCCUUUGUAUGUGCAGAAGGAGUUUGGCUAUGACAGCACUUAUGACCAGGCCUGGGACUGAGGAUCCUGUGACAACCAGGGCGGUAAGAAAUCAACUGAAGG